AGGUGAUUGGUUGAUGAGAAAGUUUGAAGGAGUAGAAAUGAAAACGAUGCUGAUAGUGAAACCCAAUUCAGCGAGCCUCCAAAACAAUGAAGCGAGCACUACUAACCAAGCCCAACUUCGCAAACAUAAUGCUCAAGCUAUUGAAAGAGCUGAUCUUGCUUUACCCAAACCUUUCCACAAAUGAUGAUAAAUGUUCAUGCGUAGCUAUGGUCAAGCAUCCUAGUCGUCCCUUGAUCGAGCACACCACACCAAUGUGGUGAUUUAUCCCACACAUUUUGAUGCUUAAGUUAGUACCGAAUCAACGAAGACUCUUACAUUUUCAGUGAAAGAGAUGACGAGAUAAGUCUGACAAUGUUCAGUCAAUUAAGCUUUUGUGUAACAUGUUCAGUCCUCGGCUUGGCCUUCAUGUCUCCAAGAAUCUUCGUUUUCUUUUCUGGAUGCGUGGGCCUAUAGGCAUCGUGGGUUCAAACCCAUGCGCCACCGCAUGAUUUUACUCGUAACAAUAUUAUAAUCAAAACAAUGAAAUGAUAAUUCAUAUUCCAAAAUGUCGGCUCCUGAUGUUGCUCAAUCACAAUUAUUGGCCGUUUCUUUAUAAUAUUGAUGUUUCAGAUCCAUAAGCCUGAAGCCUGAAGCUGAAGCAAUUGGUCUUUCACUGAUUCAGUGCUUUGCUUUGAUGGCAAACGGCGGCGUUUUGCACGUAGUGGUAUUCCCAUGGCUAGCCUUGGGCCAUCUCAUUCCCUAUGCUCGUCUCGCCAUCUGUUUAGCCCAAAAGGGCCUCAAAGUUUCCUUCAUAUCGACCCCAAGGAACCUCGGUAGAAUUCCCAAAAUACCCCCACACCUCUCCUCCGCCGUAAACCUCGUUGGCUUCCCUCUGCCCCCCGUCGACGGUCUUCCGGUCGCCGCCGAGGCUUCCUCCGACGUACCGUACAACAAGCAACAGCUAUUGAAGAAGGCCUUCGACUCUUUGGAAUCGCCGUUGUCCGAUUUGCUUCGCGAUUUAAAUCCCGAUUGGAUUAUCUACGAUUACGCCUCUCACUGGCUUCCGCCACUCGCGGCAGAGCUCCGUAUAUCGACUGUUUACUUCAGCCUCUUCACCGCCGCGUUCCUUGCCUUCCUCGGCCCGCCGUUGGAGCUGUCCUAUGGCGGAGGUUCCCGGUCAACGGUGGAGGACUUCAUGAAGGUUCCUGAGUGGAUGCCUCCAGAAUCGAACAUCCUCUUCCGGUACCAUGAGAUAAAAAAAUCCUUGGAUGGAGCAACCGGAAAUGAAUCCGGAACGUCCGAUUCAAUCCGAUUUGGUGUUUCAAUCGAAGAGAGUGUGGCUGUGGCCGUAAGAAGCUCCCCGGAACUGGAGCCGGAAUCGUUCGAUUUGCUCACAAAACUCUACCAGAAGCCAGUCAUUCCGAUUGGAUUCCUACCUCCUUUAACGGAAGACGCAGAGGAACUGAGCGGAGAUAUCAAAGAAUGGUUGGAGAAACAGAAACCUAACUCAGUUUUGUACGUUUCAUUUGGAACUGAGGCAUUUCUGAGUCAAGAAGACGUCACUGAACUAGCCUUCGGGCUGAAGAAAUCUGAGAUUCCAUUUUUGUGGAUUCUGAGAAGAAAUUCACAUAAGAACGAAUCAGAAAUGUUACCAGCCGGAUUCAAGGAGCAAGUCGGAGGCCGAGGAUUGCUUCACGAAGGAUGGAUCUCACAGGUGAAGGUACUGAGUCACAACUCGGUUGGCGGUUGUUUGACUCACUGUGGAUGGAACUCAAUCAUAGAAGGGCUCGGAUUUGGGCGAGUCAUGAUUCUGUUUCCUGUAGUAAACGACCAGGGAUUGAACGCAAGACUGUUGGAGGAGAACAAACUCGGAAUCGAGAUCGAGAGGAAUGAAAGAGAUGGAUCAUUCACGCGCGACUCAGUUUCAGAAUCGGUGAGGUCGGCCAUGGCAGAAGGUUCAGACACAGCCAAACGGUUGAAACAGAGAGCAAUGGAAAUGAAAGAGUUGUUUGGAGACGGAGAUAAGAAUGAACAUCACCUGGACGGGUUUGUGCACUUUCUUAAGUCAAAACAGAAAUGAACGGUCUAGACCGUUCAGUAAUAAAAUAUAGAUUAAAUUAUUCAAAAUUCCCUAAAAACUAAAUUACUGGACUGCUCAUGGCCCAUCUAUAAUUUGGGCCGGUCAGCUCAGGCCCAAACUAUAAUUUGGGCCGAUCAAACUGUUAUGAGCCCAACCCAUUCGGAUAGAGAUGAUCCUAUGGCGUUUAACAAA